ACCAGAUUCGAGCACGACAAAAUGAAAUUCCUUUUUCAGAUUAUAGCUUUGGCUCUAGUCGCCGGCGCCAUGGCCGCUGUGCAACCGAUACAAAUCCUGAGACAAGCGCAAGACAUCUCGCCCGAAGGAUCUUACAGCUACGGCUAUGAGACCGAACACGGCAUCGCUGUUUCCGAGCAGGGCUCGCCGCAGCCUGUAGGACCCAAGGGCGAACACGCGGUAGUCGCACAAGGCCAAUUCCAGUACACGGCUCCUGAUGGCACCCCGAUCGUCGUCCAAUACACUGCCGACGAGAAUGGCUUCCACCCACAGGGUGUUCACUUGCCGGUCGCUCCCCCCGUACCUGAGCAGAUCCAGAGGGCCGUCAACUGGGUCUUGACCCACCCACAACACGAUAACCAGAAAUAAAUAAUCGAUGACAUUUAGCAACAUCUCCGGACAAGGUGUAUACCUCUCAAGCAACGAAGUGUAGAUAUAGGUUUUUCUUAAUAUAAAUGCAAUUAUUUCUUAA